UCAACAAGCGUGUUCAUAGAAUCGACUACGUAAAACAGUUUAUAUCGCGAGGGCAUUAUAUAAAGACGUUUAUGUAACGUAAUUAUUAAGUUUCUCUUUUUGAGGUGUAUUCGCAGCUUCCUAAUAUGAAGCUCAUCUACGUAGCGGCCCUGGCGUUCUGCGUCUACGCAUCCGCGAGAGUGACAAACAGACAGCAGUCGGUACCUAUUUCACCGCAAAUCACUUCGCUUAACGACAAGGAUGCAAGAGAAAAAGCCAGAGUACACCCAGCCUUUGCCAACGCAGGCCAACGAGCUGGUGUUGAAGUGUGGAGAAUCAAUAACUUCGAGCCAACUGUCGUCUCUCAGAAUGAUUUCGGAAAGUUCUACAAGGGCGAUUCAUACAUCAUUUUAAAGACUACAGCAGAUAAGAAAAACAAUUUAUCGUGGGAUAUCCACUACUGGAUCGGGAGCCAGGCGACUCAAGACGAAUCUGGCGCCGCUGCCAUCUUGACUGUUGGUUUGGAUGACAAGUUCGACGGGAAGGCUGUGCAGCACAGAGAACCUAUGGGUCAGGAGAGUCAACAGUUCAAGGCAUAUUUCCCAACUGGAAUACGUUACUUGGAAGGCGGUAACCCAUCAGGCUUUAACCAUGUAGUCACGAAUGCCGGGUCGGAAAAGAAAAUGUAUCAAGUCAAAGGAAAAAGAAAUGUUCGCGUGCGGCAGGUAGACCCACUAUUCUCGUCCAUGAACAAGGGAGACUGCUUCAUUCUGGAGAAAGACAAUGAUAUAUUGGUGUUUGUCGGUGACAAAGCUAAAAAUGUGGAGAAACUGAAGGCUAUAUCCAUGGCCAACCAGAUCAGGGACGAGGAUCACCAUGGAAGAGGAAAAUCUGACAUUAUCGACAAAUACUCAAGUGAAGUGGAUGUUCAAAAGUUUUUUACAACCCUUGGGUCCGGCAGUAAGGAUCUCGUGCCAGAGGAAAGCGCUGGUGGCGACGAUCAGGCUUUUGAAAAGAACGAAGAAAACAUAGCGACGCUCUCGGAAGUGUCUGACAGCACGGGCUCUGUCAAAGUCAAAGCAUUACAGAAGCCAUACACACAGGCACAAUUAAAAUCACAGGAGACAUAUAUAUUGGAUACAGUGAGCGGCAGUAUUUACGUUUGGCUCGGAAAGCAGGCUUCACCCAAGGAAAAAACAGAAGUUAUGACAAGAGCUCAACAGUUGUUGACUUCGAAGAACUAUCCAUCAUGGGUACAAGUGGUAAAAAUUCCUCAAGGCACAGAACCAGCUAUUUUCAAGCAAUACUUCACCACUUGGCGUGAUGCUGGAAUGUCGCAUUCGCGUUUAGUGCGUUCAGUCGGUAACGAAAACGCCAAGAACAAUUUAUAUGAAGUGAACAUAGUCAACCACAAUUCCAUAAGUUUCGAAAAGAUACCAGAAUACAACCAAGGAGCUUUAUUAGACACGGAAGUCUAUGUUCUGCAAAUGGCGAACGAUGUUUACAUCUGGAUUGGCAAAGAAGCUGAUUUGUAUAAAAGAAAACUAAUUACGAAUAUUGCAAAGGCGUUUAUCGGUGAAAUAGGCAAUUCUAUACAAGACGUUGUGCCUGUCAAACAAGGCAUGGAGCCGCCACAGUUUAUAAAUGCUUUUAGGAACUGGGAUUCUGAUAUGUGGCUAAAAAUAAGGCGUUACCAAGAAGAAAGAGAAAUGGUUCUUCGGAAUAAUGAAAUUGGAAAUUUUCAAUUUUACGAAUUUAUUAAUAAUUAAAGAUUAAAUUAUUUAUAUGCUAAUCAGGGUAUGUUCUGCACUGAAAAACAAAACAAAACGUAUAGUUUAUUAAAUUGAAAAAACCAGUCCAGAACGUCCAUUAUUGUAUUUUUUCAUAUUCAGAUUUUUGUCAGAAAUAUAUUAGCUGUUAAUAAAGUACAUUGAUUGUUCUAACUUAACUAUUAUUUUAUUUUAUUUAUAAAGGGUGAAAAGACUAAGAUAGCCAAUAAUACAGAUAAGUCGUUUUUAAUACUUUGAUUGGCAUUAUAAUUCGAAGUAAAACUUUUAACAACUAAAUACUUGGUAAUCAAUACUUACAGCCAUAAAUUGUCAUGAAUAAAUUGUUCCUAAAUUCUAA